AUGUCGUCCACGCCGCCCACCACCACCACCACCACCACCACCGCCGCCGCCGCCGCCGCCAACUCGCGCUUCACGCCCAACACCGAGACGCUCGAGGACGCGCUCAAGACGCAGACCGUCGGUCUCGUGCACCUCUCCGACUUCAAGAAGCGUCGCGUCGAGCUCGCCGAGCAGCGCGAGCGCGAGGCGGCCGAAAAGCUCCAAGCCUACCGCGGGACCUCGUCGCGCGAGGGCAGCGAAACACCGGGUGCUGCGCCCGCCGCACGGAAGAAGAAGAGGAAGACGGUGGUGAAGGGGAAGCUGUCGUUUGGUGGCGAUGAGGAGGGGGAAACACCGGAGCCGGAGUCGGAGGAGAGGAAGAACAAGAGCGGUGAUGAAGCAGGAGGAGAGGUAGCGGCGGCGGGAGAGGUCAAGAAGCGAAAAGUAAACCCGAAGCUGCGCGCGCCGCCGCCAAAGGUGCUGACCAAGAACACGCUUCUGCGCGAGGCGCAGGAGCGCGAGACGCUGCGGAGGGAGUUUCUGGCGCUGCAGGAGAAGAUCAAGAAUGAGGAGAUUAGCAUCCCGUUUGUGUUUUACGAUGGCACGAACGUCGCACCCCCGGACGGCUCGGGCGUGCAGGUCAAGAAGGGCGAGAUGGUCUGGCUGUUCCUCGAGCGCGCGCGGCGCAUGAGUGGGCGGCGCGAGUGGCUGCGAGUGUCGGUGGACGACCUGCUGCUUGUGCGCGGGGAGGUGAUCAUCCCACACCACUACGAAUUCUACUACUUCAUCGUAAACCGCACCCAAGGCCCCAACGGCACCCUCUUCGACUACCCCUCGCCCCUCGACCCGCCCAACCCCAACGGCGAGCCCACCACCACAACGCAGGGCGGCAAAGAGGACCCCACAAUGACAAAGGUCGUCGACCGCAGGUGGUACGAGCGCAAUAAGCACAUCUUCCCCGCCAGCGUGUGGACGGAGUUUGACCCAAACACCGACUAUCGGAAUAUGGUGAGGAGGGACCAGGGCGGGAAUGCGUUCUUCUUUGGGUAG